GUUUUUGGUAAUUUGUAUUGCGAAUUAAUUAUUUGAAACCCUGAAAUAUGGAUAGCGACAAAACGAUUAACAAUAUUACAGAAAUAUUUGCGGACAGUUUAUCGGAUAUAUCAAGUGAUGACGAAAAUAUGAAUAUUUGUGAGGACGAUGAUGACUUUCAAGAUACUACUGAAGUUAUGAUUCCUGUAAAAAAACGGGAAAGGGUUUUAAGGAAAAUGGAUAGUGACAGAGACAGUGAGAAUAAUUGCAAUUCUGAUGGCGAUGAAAGUGCAGACAGUGAGAUUGUUAUACGGGCCAGAAGGAAGGUGUUAAUUUCAAGCGAUUCUGAGUCCGAGAUAAAUGAUCAUUUAAGAAAUAGCUUAUCUGAUAGAGUUAUACCGGUAAAUUUGGAUAGUAAUAAUUGGUCAACCGAGGAUUUUCAACCGAGCUUGGAAGACUUCGAAGGUGAUUGGGGCAUUGCAGUUCCGCCACCAAAGCCAGAUAGUAUCCCGGAGGUAGUAAAAUUAAUACUGGGUGAUGAUUUAUUUGAAAUGUUUAGCUAUCAGUCGUCCGUAUAUUAUAGUCAAACAUCAAAAAAACAACGUAAACUUAUCAAAUCUUUGAAAUGGUCUCCUGUCAGUCCAACAGAAUUUAAAACAUUUUUAGCUCUUAUAAUUUUAAUGGGACGUACACAAAAGGGGAAUUGGAAAGAAUAUUGGUCAACAGAUCCACUUUUAACAGUUCCGGUUUUUCCACAAACAAUGAGUCGAAAUAGAUUUGAACAGAUAUGGAAAUUUUGGCACUUUAAUGAUAAUAGUAAGAUGGACCAGUCUUCAAGUAGACUUUUUAAAAUUCAACCAGUACUUGAAUACCUGGUGCAGAAAUUCAAUACAGUGUACAAACCCAAGCAACAGUUGUCGUUAGACGAGGGCGUCAUUCCAUGGAGAGGGCGUUUCGUUUUUCGGACAUAUAAUCGUGGAAAAAUUGUCAAAUAUGGUUUACUUGUGAGAAUUCUAUCUGAAAGUGAUACGGGAUAUAUUUGUAAUUUUGAAAUUUAUACUGCUGAGAAAAAAAAACUGAACGAAACUAUUUUAUCUGUACUUGAUCCAUAUCUUGAUUUGUGGCACCACGUGUAUCAGGAUAAUUAUUAUAAUAGUACCUCCAUUGCGAAAACAUUGCUGGAACAUAAAACCAGAAUGUGUGGAACAAUUCGACAAAACAGAGGCUUACCACAAUGUCUAAAAGAUGAGGCAUGUGGUCUAAAAAAAGGUGAAAUAGCUUUCCGAAGAAAUGGUGACAUUCUACUUUUAAUUUGGAAGGACAAAAGAGAAGUGAGAAUGGUAUCAACCAUUCAUGACAGUUCAUAUUGCAGAACAGGGAAGAAAUCUAGGAAUACUGGAGAAGAAAUAAAGAAGCCGGUAUGUGUCCACCAAUACAACAUGAAUAUGAAGGGCGUCGACCUCGCUGACCAAUAUCUUUCCUAUAAUAGUAUUCUCAGAAAAACAGUAAAGUGGACAAAAAAGGUGGCAAGAAAUUGGCUUAGUACUGAAAAAACAACAGAGUCGACAGAUUUAGAAAGAGGUGUACCAGGCCCUUCAAAUAUUGCUAAAAGAACUCCACGUAAAGAUCAUCCGCAAAAGUUGUCAGAUAGUAUACAACAACACAUCCCAGUGCAACUUCCGCCUUCAAAAAACAAGAAAUUUCCGACAAAACGUUGCAAAGUGUGCAAAAUCAACGGAAAAAGAAGUGAAACUCGCUACGUUUGCAAGCUUUGUAGUGUUCCACUUCACUUAGUUACAUGUUUUACUAAAUAUCAUACUUUGAAAAAUUUUUAGUUUGUACAAAUUUUUACUUAAUGAAAAUAUUUAAAAAUCAUUCAUU